AGGGGUGCACUGUGAGGGGAGAGGAGGACAUUGUUUGCCUGUGUCUGUGGGCAACGGAAAAGCAUGAGUUAUCAGGGCAUGUGUGAGUGUGUUUAGAAAGUGUGUUUGUGUGUGAACGAGUGCACUGGAUUGAGGUUGCAUUGGACAGAGUAUGCAUGUGCAUAUGUGUGUGAGGAGUGUUCAUGUUUGGGAUGUUGGAGCCGGGAGGCCAUUCAAAGGAUGCUCAAACAAAGCUGGAUUUUUUUUUGUCUCACUCCUUUUUGAAUGGUGAUUGAGGACUGGCUGGAUUCCUUUACUCGGGCUGUUUGGUUCAACUGUGCUUUAGGGAGACCGCUGGGCAGUGAUCUGAGCUAACUGGGUAAUCAUUGAUCGUGAGGCUGGGGCUUUGUCUGGGUACCACUCUCUGAUCCGACUGUGUUCUCCCCUGUGGAUCCACUGACUGCAUCAUCUGCUCUGCAGAGACAUGCAUGAUGUAGCUGAAGGAUCUUCCGCAUGUAUGGCCGAGGUGCCUUACCUCACCUAUUACCUCACUAGCCUUGGGGCUGAAGGAUCAUGGGUAACCUUAUCAGCCGGCCCAGCUGCCUGGGCCAGAAGUCCAAGCAUGUGAGGUCAGACGAGGAUUUCCUGAAGGAGUGCUACCAACGACGAAGAGAUUGGCAGCCCUCGGAGCAACAUGGGGAGGCCAAACCAGAAGUUGCCGUCCACAAUAAAGCAAGCGAGGAUGCAAACAAGGAACGAGAGCUGGAGAGAGACAAGGAGGCACAGGAAAUUGAUCAAAAGAGGGAGGAGGGAGCGUAUACUCCCAUUUCGGAUAAACCCCUCCGCAGCUCUCCUGCAUCCACAAUCAGGAGCACUAGUACUCUGGAGAAUGCCUGGCACAACAGCCCUUCCCCAAUAAAAACAUCUCGAAAUGGGACACUAACAAGGAGAUCAGUGCCUCCAGAGUUUACCAGAUCCCCCUUGGCUCACCCGGACAUGAGCGCAGCAGAGAGGAGGGCUAGCUUCCAGAGGAGAGACUCCAGAGAAGGAAGCCCCUGGUCCUGGAAGACUCUGGGAUCCCGUGAGGUUACAGAGGUGACGGAGGUGACGGAAACUACUGUAACCGAAAUUGUGGAAGUUACCGAGUAUCCGUCUGGAGAUAAAGGAGGGGACCCCAUAGUCACCAGAACUGUAAGAGUCCUGAACGGGGUCGCCGAGGAACUCGCAGAGCUCCAAAGUGAUGGACACUCAAGCUCAGACCAGGAUUCCAGCCUGGAUAGAUGGAGGGGAACAAGAUCUGCCUUGGCUACAGAUUCUGAGACAUUUCUCCAAAACCUGGAGGCUUUGCUCACAUGGGUCAGUGAGAUAGAGGAGCUCACAGCCCAUCAGAAACCUCCUUCCUCAGAGGUCAAAGUGGCGAAAGCACAGCUCCAAGAACAAAAGCUCCUGCAGCGCCUCCUAACAGACCGAAGGCGUAGUAUGGACUCCUUGUUUUAUGAGGGCCCUCGGCUUUCAGAGGCCCAUCCAGGACAGGAAGGGGAGCAGGAAAAGGUCAAGCUCUCCACUCUCAAACAGAAGUGGGAGGCCUUGCAGCUUGGGGCAGAGCAAAGGAGAGCCAGUCUGGAGCUCAUUCUGCCCAGGGCCCAGCUCUUCCAGGAAGGAGUAGACAGCUUGCAGCAGUGGCUCAUAUCUGUGGAACAGACCCUUGCUGAACUACGCAAUGCAGAGAGAGUGAUGCUGCAUCUAUCAGAGGCUACAGAUAGGGCCAAGGCCGUUGUUGAAGAGAUUCAAGUCAAAACGUCUCAGCUAGGGAAAAUUCAAAAGUCAGGACAUGAGCUGAUGGAAGCAAUUUCAGAGGAAGAAGCUCAGCUGGUGCAGGAGAAGAUGGAUGCUCUACGUAUCCGUUGCUCUGUGCUGAGUCUAAGCAGUCUGGACGUGCUGCAGAGGCUGGAGCAGGCCCUGGAGGCCUCUAGUCGCUGCACCUCCAGCCAGGAGGACCUCCAUUUGUGGCUGGGCCGCAUCGAGAGGGAGCUCCUGGGGGCAGCAGGAGCGCAGACACAUGCUGGAGAUGCCGUACUAUGUGCAGCUGAGAGACAGAGGCUGGAACAGGCGGUGGUGAAAGAGAUGGCUUGGUUCAAAGACACAGCGCUAAGUCUUGAAAAACUGAAAACCGUUCAUCUGGAUCCAAAACUCAUAGCAGAACAACUCUAUGAACAGAAGAUUUUGGCAGUGGAGAUUCUCCAACACCGGUUCAACAUUGAGAAGAUGGCAAAGAUCGCUGAAAUCUUGCUGACAUACAGUGAUGAAGGAGAAACAGUCGAUUUGCAGACCCCUCUAGAGGCCUUACAGGAACAAUGCAACACCACCUCUGCCACCAAUUCCCAUGUGGUCCUGCAGCUUGAGCACGCUCAGUCGCUUCUUCUCCAGUUCUCAGAGGGCCUUGCUGAGGUCUCGCCCUGGCUUAAAGAAACUCAAACCCUAAUUGAACAGCUCUCCCUGAGCACCAUUAGCUAUGAGGCAUUUCGGGAACAACAGGACCUCUUACAGGGUCUGAGGGAGUCUAUAGCAGAACACAGACCUUUGAUUGCACGCUUAUGCUCUCUGGCAAAACGCUUGUCAGAACUGAACCCCAUUCAGGGGGACGAGUUCUGUCGAAUGGCUUCAGAGACCGAGGAGCAGCAUAGAGCCAUCAGAGACCGGGUCAGAGAGACUGCUAAUCUACUCGAGGAGUCAUUGCCUAGAUUCACUCAGCUGAACGAGAGGAUGAUCCUUAUCAGAGAGAGUCUUGACCGUCUGCACAGUCGAUUAGAGACCCCCACCUCUCUACAAUGCCUCACCCCAAGGAUCCAGGAGCAGCUGCAGGACAACAAGCACACCCUGGCUGAGCUAUCCAAGCUGAUGCUGGGCCUUAGCAGUGUCAAAACACAGGCAGAUGAACUGCUGGCUAACACGCGGGCAGCUGGUGAUGGAUCUGUCGGCACAGCAAUCCAGGAGCAGGUGUCCGGUCUGUCCCAGCUGUGGGAUGAGACACAUACUCAGGCCCAGGAGAGAGAAAGCUGGCUGCUCAAACUCUUGGAUCUUGCCUUGAAGUUCUGGAGCGAUGUCAGCGAUGUCACGGCUGCUCUCAAUGAUGCUCAGCAGGCAGUUUUGGAUCUCAAUGCUAGUCGGACAGAUUCCGAAACAAUCCGCCAGAGCCUUGAAAGCAUGCAGACUCUCAGGGAGGAUGUUGAUAGUUUACAGGGAGAUCUGGACACCCUUGGUGUUUUGGGAAUGGAUCUGAUGUCAGCAUGUGGCGAUACAGACAAACCAGAUGUCACAAAGACCCUGGAUGAACUUUAUUGCACAUGGAACAACUUGAGUAAACUGUGGAGCGAAUGUCACAAAAAGCUGGAGGAGUCCUUGCAGUUGGCACUGCAUUAUCAAGACACUAUGCAGGGUCUUUUUGAGUGGUUGAAGUCAGCUGAGCUGAGGUCUACUGAAGAGUUCAUGGUAGGAACUGACCUGGAAUCCGUCAAAGAGCAGCUACGCAAUCUCAAGGAAUUUAAGCGGGAACUUUACCAGAAAAAAAUCGAGAUUGAAAGCCUGAACCAUCGCUUUGUGUGCCGGCUGUCUCCAGGCUCAGAGCGCCCAGGCUCCGUCUCACCGCUGUGUGACUUCAGACAGCGCUGGGACAGCUUGGAGUCAGAGACUGUCAGCAGACAGCAUCAGCUGGAGUGUGCUCUGCUGGGUCUGGGUCAGUUCCAAAACACGCUGGACGAGCUACACACAUGGCUUUCCUGGACUGCUAAGCAACUGCAGGGCAGCCGGCCAAUCAGCAUCGACCUGCAGGCCUGUGAAAUAGAGCUGGCCAAACACAAGGUCUUGCGUAAUGAUGUCAUGUCCCAUGUUCGCACGAUGGAGUCCCUGAACCAGGCUGGCAGGGGGCUGCUGGAGGUUGGGUCCGGGGACAGCCCACAUGGUCUGCAGCCUCGGCUGGAGCAACUCAAUGACAGCUGGGAGUUUGUCCGCUGUGAGACUGAACGCAGGCAGCUGGAAUUAGAGAACAGACUGAGUCAGGUACAAGAUGUUACAAUGGAAAUUCAGGAUCUCCUGCAGUGGCUGGAGAACACAGACCUGAGACUGUCCUCCUCUAAAACCGUGUGGGGUAUGCCGGACUCUGCCUGUGAGAGACUCAAUGCACAUUUGGAGUUGUGCAGUGAGAUGGAGUCAAAGCAUCACGCCUUCACGGAUGUGAAGAAUGCCAUCCUCAGGAUGCUGGAGAGCAGCGACGUUGUGCGGGGAUCGAGCACCGAGCACAGCUUAUCUAUUCUGGAACAGAAAUGGGCGUCUGUUUACAGCAAAGUCCAGGAGCGAAAGGCGAGGCUAACAGAAGGAUUGAGUCUGGCCAAGGAGUUCCACGUUAACGUCCAGGAGCUUCUCACUAAGAUGAGCAAGUGUGAGGAGUCCAUUGGGCUUUUUCCUGCUCCCAGCUUUGUUCUGGACAAAGUCUGUACUCAGCUGCAGGACCACAGAACACUGGUGAAUGAGGUGAAUGGUUACGGUGAGAAGAAGACCACAGUGGAAAGCACAGCCCGCAGACUAAUAGAACUGAGCCGGAAGGAAGACUGUGAUGUCAUUCAUAACCUAAUCAUGACUGUCCAGGAUCGCCACAAAAAGCUACAGCAGCGAGCUUCAGAGAGAGGCAGGGCACUGGAGGAGGUCAAAAAGACUGCCAAACAGUUUAAUGAAUCGUGGCGCCUGCUGUUGGACUGGAUGACGGAGGUAGAACAGACAUUAGACACGCACAAAGAGAUUGCUGUGUCCCACAAGGAGAUUAAACAGCAACUGACUGAACAGAAGGAGUUCCAGAAACUGCUGAGGUCGAAGAGGCCCAUGUAUGAAGCUACACUGAAAAGUGGACGCAGCCUUCAUGAAAGAGCUCAAACCAGCCACGAUAGACAGCACGUGGAAAAUCUAGUGGCUGAGCUCAAAGACACGUGGGACACCGUCAGUGGCAAGUCUAUGGAGAGACAACACAAGCUGGAGGAAGCGCUGCUGUUCUCAGGGAGAUUCACAGAUGCUCUCCAGGCACUGAAUGACUGGCUGUACAGAGCCGAGCCCCAACUGGCUGAGGACGUUCCGGUUGGCGGAGACAAAGACAUGGUCAACAACCUGAUAGACAAACACAAGGCCUUCCAAAAGGAGUUAGGGAAGCGAGCUGGAUGCAUCAGGACCCUGAAGCGCUCUGUGAGGGAUCUGACCAGGAGCAGCACAGCUGAUGCUCACUGGCUACAGGAGCAGAUGGAUGAGCUGGAGGGCCGCUGGGAGGCAGUGUGCAAACUGUCGGUCAGCAAGCAAGACAGACUGGAGGCUGCGCUUCAGCAGGCUGAAAAGUUUGAUGACCUCGUCCACUCCUUCGCAGAGCGCCUCACUGAGGCAGAGAGGGUACUGAAAUAUGGAGUGAUACCAGAGGAGGAGGAAGGCUUGCUUGCUUUCCGCAAACAACACAAGGAAUCAAUGGAUGUCCUGCAGGCUCAGGGAAUGGAGUUACAGAACAUCCAGUGUCUGGGUGAGGAGAUCCUGGCCUCCUGUCACCCAGACUCCAUAAUCACCCUAAAGUCUUGGAUCAGUGUCACCAAGACCCGCUAUGAGGAGGUUCAGACCUGGGCUCAGCAGCAGGGCCAGAAGAUCCAGGCCAGCUUGGCAGCACUGGAGGCAGAGAGAGAGGAAGUCCAGAGGCUACUGGACUGGAUCUCCUCAGCAGAGGAAUCCCUCAACCUCAGAGACCAAGAGCCUCCGCCGGUGACCACAGAGAUGAACCAAGAGCUGAUCGAGCAACACAAAAUAUUCAUGGAGGAGUUGAAUAAAAAGUUCCCAGAGGUUGAACACGCCACACAAUCCUGCAAACACAAGAGCAUUUCGAAACAGCACGUUUCCCCGAGCAAACGGCCACUCACAAAAAGGAGGAGCACUCUGAAGCUGCAGCCUGCUGUACCGGUUCCCCUGGAGCACCUUGACCCCCAGACCCCAGAGCUCAGUCAGCUGGUCAGUCAGUGGCAGAAACUUUGGCUCCUGGCGGUGGCGAGACAAACCCGUCUGGAGCAACAACAGCAAACACUUAAAGAGAUGGAGGAAUUUGCCAACUUUGACUUCAAUAUUUGGCGAAAGCGUUACAUGCUUUGGAUUAGUCAUCUGAAGUCGCGGAUCUUAGACGUGUUCCGCAGCAUCGACCGGGACCAGGAUGGACGCAUCAGCCAGAAGGAGUUUGUUGAUUAUGUCCUCUCCUCCAAAUUCCCCACCAACUCUCUGGAGAUGAACGCAGUGGCGAACAUCUUCGACAUGAACAGUGACGGCUUCAUUGACUACUAUGAGUUUGUGAGCGCCCUCCACCCGAGCAGAGAUCCCUACAGGAGAACACUGGAUGCCGAUCAGAUCAACGAAGAGGUGAGUCGACAGGUAUCGCAGUGCAACUGUCCCAAGAGGUUCGAAGUGGAGCAAAUUAGUGCCAAUAGAUACAGGUUUGGAGAUUGCCAACAGUUGCGGAUGGUUCGUAUCCUGCGUAGCACGCUGAUGGUCAGGGUGGGAGGAGGCUGGACCGCUCUAGAUGAGUUCCUGGUCAAGAAUGACCCCUGCAGAGUGAAAGGCCGGACCAACCUGAAGAUCAAGGAGAAGUACUUGUCCCCUACAGGGAGCACUUCCAAGGGUUUGACCGUCAGCAGGUCCAACUCCAGCCUCAGCCUCUACAGCAGUGCCUCGGCCCCCACCAGCCCCAUGACACGCAAGGCUUUACUCCGCAGAAGUUUCUCAGGUGACCGCUGCAUCCGUCCCAGGAGCUCCAUCGCUGCUUUGGGGUCCGAUCUACAGUUUGCCACAACAGGGGACGAUAAUUGUCCCUCGCCAUCAGACGAAGCUGCGAGGUUACCCACAUGAUUACCCCUGCCCCCUGAGAACCACGCGCACGCCGCAGUGCGUAACCCAAACACAGCCUUGGGACCCCGAAACAGAGUGAUAAGCAGAAGUAUAAUGAUAAAAGGGCCCAAAACAAAAAAACAAUGAAUCACUCACAUCUUUAAAAAGCCGACCCUGACAGAGGGGAUGGUAAAGUGUCUUUGAAACUACAAAUGUUGAGUUGAGCUCUGUGUGGACAACGAGGAGGUCAGUCCAGAUGUGAGACAGCGAUUUUUUUUGUCCCCUGUUGCACCGCAGUAGAAUAGUAUCGUAGAGAGUAGGAAUUGAACAUUUCUGCAUGGAAGCUUAUUGCAUGACAGCCGGAGCCUUGCUUAAGUUUUUUUUUUCUUCCCCAGUUUAUGAUUCUUUUUCAGUGGUAAAGAUGAGCAGACGGUACCUGAACCCAAGAAUAAUGCUCUGUCGUGGGCUGUAAUGCAGCCUGAGUGAUUUUAAAAGUAGCAUACAGCCGGAACACAUUUGUACAUGGAGUGUUGUCCUGUCCGUACGACUGCCCCUACUAGCAUCCAAAAACACAUAUACCAAAACCAUAAGUAUGUGAAGGUUACAGUAUGCUGUCCUUAGAUUUUUGUGAUUUUAGUUUUGGUUUUACUUCAUUCCAUAAAGAUAACAUUGUUGGCAGGGCCACGCUGUUUUUGUUGUUGUUGUCUUUUACCUUUUUCGAGACCAUGGCUUCAAAUAAGGAUGUAUUUUUUUAUUGUUGUUUUUACUGUAAGGAUGUUUUAAACACUGGAGAUUGCGUAAUUAACAAUGCGAUGAAGUACGACAGGUCAUUGUUGAUUUGUAGAGAUUAUUUUCUCAGGAUUGUUUUUUGCCGUUGGAUGUAUAUAUUUCUAUGGAACAUUACUGUGAACAUGUAGAUGUGUUGUUUUCUUUAUAACAAUGUACUUCCUGGGAAUGUUUUGUUUAGCACAUUCUUUUCAUAAAAAUGCACUUUUUUCUGUGUCCUACUACUUUAGAUUUAGGUUAUUUUACAAAGUGGGAAAUCUGGCAGUUGUCGUGAGUAAGAGAAUACAUGUAGAAUAGAUUACAAGAGAAUGCACUAGAGGUGAUAUGUAUGGGUAAACAGUGUAGUUCUUUCAGUGAAAUCAACCUUUGAGUUUUCUUUUGUCCCGUUUCCAGCCUGUUGUACCAAAAGUAGUACAUUUGAAUUGUUUUUUUUCUGUCUUGAUGUUUUUCUUCUCUGACCUCCAAUCCGUUCAGCAAUUCUCACAACUGGCUGGAUUUUGGGACACUGCUUUUAAAGAUGUAUAAGCAACAUGUGAAACACUGCAUCUGUUUCCUUCAAGGUUUUCUCACAAACCCGAAGAUACCAAAAUGCAUCGUUUCAGCAAAAAUAAAAAGUACUGAUGUGUUCCCUGAGAGAGAAGCAACUGCAGCUCCACCAUCAGUCACCAAUGCUGUUCAGUGCUGCACUGUGCCUUGCUUCCACUCUGGUUCUAUUAUAGAGCAGUUGGUACUUACAAUAUGUUACCAGCAGUGUAAAGCUACUGUAUUUGUAUGUGUACAUUUGUACUAGAUCUACCUGAGGUUGCAUUUGGUCUAUGCAGUUGUGAAAAGGAUUUUUUUUAAGUCAAAGUUUUUUUUACAUGAUAACAGACUUUUUUUCUCUUGGCCUCAAUAUGUUGAAGAAGGGUUAACAUUUUGACUGUACUGUAAAAAAUACAUUAGCCAGAUUUGACUUCUAUUGCUAUGCACCCUAAUCUCUCUGUACUGUAAAUGUUUCUAUACCCAGCACUCAUUCUAAUGUCUAAUUUAGGGAAACUGUAGAUGAAUGUCACUAAUAAUUUUACGUCUUGUACAAAAAAUCUUUUUGUAAUAAAAAAUAAAAUAAUUUGC